AUGGAAGAGAGAAGGAAGAGUGUGCGGAUCCUGAGUGACAAGUUCAAACAGGGACCAUAUAAAGAUUGUGGACAACUUUUUACUGAGAGUUGCAGCAUUGGACCCAAUCUGUCUAGAAUUGGAGUGUUCUACGAUGAUCCUAAAAAGGUGAUAGGAGAGAAGUGUCGCUGUGCGGUGGGCAGUAUCCUGAGUGAGGGCGAUACUAGGCCUAGUGAGGAGCUCCAACAGCUCUAUGAGAAGUUUGGUUUCCGGGUCUUCAGCUUCCCAGAGGUCACUCACGUGGUCAGCGCCUCCUUUCCCCACAGGACGCCCCUGUCAAUCUUCUUCGGAGUGCAGAGAGUCUACCCCCAGCUGGACAGCUACAUCAAGGAGAGGAAGUUGUGUGCCCACCCAUUCCUGGAGAUCUACAGAGAUGAUCUGAUCCACUACAUGAGUCCUCUGGCUCGUCAGGGUGAUUUCUACGUACCAGAGGUCCGCCAGGACCCGGACAGGAGGCUGCUGGGAGAUGAUGACUCUGAGGAGGACAGGGGGACCAACAUCACAGGUGCGGACUCCAACAGUGAGUGCAGUUCAGGGAGUGGUGUUCUCCUGUCAGACAGCAGAGAGACCUCCCUAGCACCAUCCAGCGUCUCCUCCCUGCUCCGACACGACAGAGGAGGAACAGGAGGAGGUGAAGACCGCAGCGACAGGAGCACCAGCUCCUCCUCCUUUGAGGAGUUGGACAUGGAACUUCCUGAUGGACAGGAGGAGGAGGCGGGGACAGAGCAAGCCAGCGACGCCCCCUGCAACAAGCACCUAAAGACGACCACAGAGGAGAGGGGGGUUAAAGCCGGGGGGGAGGAGUGAGGGGAUGAAGUGGGGGAGAAGAAGAAGAGGAGGUUGGGGGAGGAGGAGAGAAUUCUAAUGUGCAGUUUUCUAUGGCUCUUUCUCAAUGAGUUUUUCCUUGAUUCCUCCCAUUGUG